CCCGUGAGCUCUCGGUGCCCCCAGCCCCUUUGGCCGCCGCCGCCGCGAUGCUGCCCUGGAGACGCAACAAAUUCGUGCUAGUGGAGGACGAGGCCAAGUGCAAGGCGAAGAGCCUGAGUCCGGGACUCGCCUACACGUCGCUCUCCAGCUUCCUGCGCUCCUGCCCGGACCUGCUACCCGACUGGCCGCUGGAGCGCCUGGGCCGCGUGUUCCGCAGCCGGCGCCAGAAAGUGGAGCUCAACAAGGGACCGACCUACACCGUGUGGUACCUGGGCAACGCCGUCACCCUGCACGCCAAGGGCGACGGCUGCACCGACGACGCCGUGGGCAAAAUCUGGGCGCGCUGCGGGCCGGGCGGGGGCACCAAGAUGAAGCUGACGCUGGGGCCGCACGGCAUCCGCAUGCAGCCGUGCGAGCGCAGCGCCGCGGGGGGCUCGGGGGGCUCCGGGGGCCGCCGGCCGGCGCGCUACCUGCUGCCGCGCAUCACCUACUGCACGGACGGGCGCCACCCGCGCUUCGCCUGGGUCUACCGCCACCAGGCGCGCCACAAGGCCGUGGUGCUGCGCUGCCACGCCGUGCUGCUGGCGCGGGCGCACAAGGCGCGCGCCCGCCGCCUGCUCCGCCAGACCGCGCUGGCGGCCUUCAGCGACUUCAAGCGGCUGCAGCGCCAGAGCGACGCGCGCCACGUGCGCCAGCAGCACCUCCGCGCAGGGGGCGCCGCCGCCUCGGUGCCCCGCCCGCUGCGCCGGCUGCUCAACGCCAAGUGCGCCUACCGGCCGCCGCCCGGCGAGCGCGGCCGUGGGGCCCCGCUCAGCAGCAUCCAGGAAGAGGACGAGGAGGAGGAGAGACGGAGAGGGAGCGCGGAGGAGCGCGAGCGGCCGAGUGCUCAGCUGGCCCGGGAGCUGAGGACGUGCAGUGCGGGGCGCCCGGCGCCGCCGCCGCCGGCGCAGCCCCGCCGGAAGGCGGGCCCCAGGGAGCGGGCGGGCCAGGCGCGCUGA